CAGGCCGCCUUUCGCAAGGCCGCGGCUCGCCUCCGGCAGUGGAAGGGCCGGUAGUCGACUGCAGCCGGUGGAGGAGCUCGGCCGGGCUGGCGGGGGGGCAGAGCUGCCCGGACUGCUCUCAGGGGUUUCCUGUGUUUACGUGUGUAACCCAAAGCAAGAGUUGUUCUUGUCACCUCUUCCUUUCAGCGUUUGUAAGAGAACUGAGAAGAUGGUGAAUGUUCUGAAAGGUGUUCUGAUUGAAUGUGACCCAGCAAUGAAGCAGUUUCUGCUCUACUUGGAUGAAUCGAAUGCAUUGGGAAAGAAGUUCAUCAUACAAGACCUGGAUGAAACUCAUGUCUUUGUAUUAGCCGAGUUGGUUAACUUCCUCCAGGAGAGAGUGGGCGAGUUAAUGGACCAGAACUCUUUUCCUAUUACUCAGAAGUAAAAGGACUAGAGAAAUGAGAUUACUGCUAAUUUUGGAAUAGUGAAUUUCAAUAGCUUGGGUUGUUACUGUUUUAAUAGAUACACUGUGGUUAGUAAGUUCUACAUGGAAGUGGCUACUCUAGAAAAUGGAUCGUUUUCAUAGACAAAAUACUCUUGAAUUGGAUUUUAUUUCUCAUUUUGAAAGAUUAUGGUAUCUUUAUUAAAAUCCUUAAAAUGAUACACUUGAGGACUUGCCUAGAGAAUUUUUGAUGCAUGCUCUCUGUUUUUCCUUUAGGAUUUUUAUCUUGCAAGAUGGUAUGACCCAAAAAUUAGAGUAGUGUUUCUGUAUUGGAAUGCUAUAGGAACUCCUCUGGCAUGUUACAUUCCUGUGGAACUGAUUAAAUCUGGUUAUAGUGUGACUGAUAGAAUGUAAAGAAUGUCUCUUAAAGUAUGAUCUGUGCUUGAUGGAACAUCUCCAUAAGUUGAAGGCAUGGUCAGAUACUGCUUUAACUUAAUGGGUUUUAUACACCAAAAUGAAAGUUGGUGUGAGUUUUCUUUUUGUUUGUUUUUUUUUGUUGUUGUUGUUGGUUUUUGUUUGGGUUUUUUUUCCAAACAUUUUACAAAUGCCCUAUAUUACUUGCCUGCUUUUACCAAGGCUAUGCUUUCUGUGUUGGUCUGGGUUU